CUGUUUAUCGCUCUGAGUUUCACUUUAUAACACUUCAGGGAAACAUUUUACACUCUGUGUACCGCUCCGCGUCCCUGGGAGUGCUGUGUGAACGCCGUGUGUAGUUGUUGUCGAAGGUGUUUAUUUGUUGUUUUGGUCACACACACACACACACACACAUACACACACGCGCACACACACGCGCGCGCACACACACACACACGCUGCUCGUUGGUCGGUAGCUUGUGUUGGUAAGGAGCUUCCAGUCCGGUGUGUGUGAGGAUACAGGACAGGGAAGCGCUCAUGUCCAGAUAAAUCUCUGCUCAGCUGUCCGCCUUGAACUGCCUUCAUUUUCAUCACUAAAUAACUUUCACUUUGUUGACGUUGUUUGUUUUGCUUUCUUUCUUCCUAAACCACUUUAUAAAGUUAGGUAUAAACUGCGUUUUUAUAAAUAAGUAUUUGAUUUAUUAUUAUUAUUUAUUUAUUUUUUAAAAAGGCACGCGGACUAAGUUACCAUGGAGAAAAGAGUGAAAGAAGAGAAUUAGGAAAGUAGAUCAGGUCUAUUAAAUUCACUGACAGUCCUGCUGUGAUGGCCGCUUGAUGAGAAUGUUUCAAUCCUUUAAGUACCCGAAUCUGCUCCUCCAAAGACGGACAUCAGUUGAACAUAUUUUCCCUAAGGGACAGGAUCUGGUAUGGCAGUUGCACAUUGCACAAGCUGAGCACUCUGAAGCCAAGGCAGAAGUGGUAUUAAGUCAUGAUGCAGGAGUCGGCCAGUGAGACAAUAAGCAACAGUUCAAUGAGUCAAAAUGGAAUGAGCACCCUAAGCAGCCAAUUAGAUGCUGGCAGUAGAGAUGGAAGAUCAAGCGGUGACACAAGCAGCGAAGUAAGCACAGUCGAGCUGCUGCAUCUGCAACAACAGCAGGCCCUUCAAGCAGCAAGGCAAUUACUCUUACAGCAACCAGGCAGUGGCCUGAAGUCUCCAAAGAACAACGACAAACAGCGUCCACUGCAGGUGCCAGUGUCAGUGGCCAUGAUGAGUCCACAGGUCAUCACUCCCCAGCAGAUGCAGCAGAUCCUUCAGCAGCAGGUCCUCUCGCCUCAGCAGCUCCAGGCGCUUCUACAGCAACAGCAGGCAGUCAUGCUGCAGCAGCAACACUUGCAGGAGUUCUACAAGAAGCAGCAGGAGCAGCUUCAUCUCCAGCUUUUGCAGCAACAGCACCCCAGCAAACAGGCAAAAGAGCAACAGCAGCAGCAGCAGCAUCAGCAGCAGUUAGCAGCACAGCAGCUGGUCUUUCAGCAGCAGCUCCUGCAGAUGCAGCAGCUCCAGCAGCAGCAACACUUGCUCAGCAUGCAGCGGCAGGGCCUGCUUUCUCUGCCCCCAGGCCCAGGACAGAGUGCCCUCCCUGCGCAGACUCUCCCGCCAGCAGGCCUGAGCCCUGCCGAGCUCCAGCAGUUGUGGAAGGACGUGACCAGCAGUCACACCAUGGAGGAUAACGGCCUGAAACACAGCGGCCUGGACCUCAGCACCACCAACUCUUCCUCCACUACCUCCUCUACCACCUCCAAAGCUUCUCCGCCAAUCGCCCAUCACCCCAUUUCCAACGGCCAGUCUCCAGCCGUCAACACCCGCCGAGAGAGCUCGUUACAUGAAGAGACUGGAGCGUUACACUCACAUUCCCUCUAUGGCCAUGGAGUGUGCAAAUGGCCCGGCUGUGAGAGCAUCUGCGAGGACUUUGGACAGUUUUUGAAGCACCUUAACAGUGAGCACGCUCUAGACGACAGGAGCACAGCACAGUGCCGGGUCCAAAUGCAAGUGGUACAACAACUAGAGAUACAGCUUUCUAAGGAACGUGAGCGUCUUCAGGCAAUGAUGGCCCACUUGCACAUGCGGCCCUCAGAGCCCAAACCAUCUCCUAAACCGUUGAAUCUAGUGUCAAGCAUGACCAUGUCAAAGAACCUGCCAUCGGUGUCACCCCCAAACCUGCCCCAGACUCCCACCACCCCCACCACCCCUAUCACACCACUGAGCCAGAUGCCCCAGGUGCCCUCGGUCCUGAGCCCCGCCAGCGUGCCGAGCAUGGGCGCCAUGCGUAGACGCCACUCUGACAAGUACUCCAUGCCACUAUCCUCAGAAAUAGCCCCAAACUAUGAGUUUUAUAAGAAUGCUGAUGUCAGACCACCGUUCACGUAUGCAACGCUCAUCAGGCAGGCUAUAAUGGAUUCAAAAGACAUGCAGUUAACACUUAAUGAAAUCUACAGCUGGUUCACGCGCACCUUUGCCUACUUUAGACGCAACGCAGCUACUUGGAAGAAUGCGGUGCGCCACAACCUCAGUCUGCAUAAGUGUUUUGUGCGGGUGGAGAAUGUGAAGGGAGCAGUGUGGACAGUGGACGAGAUGGAGUACCAGAAACGCAGGUCUCAGAAGAUAACAGGGAGCCCGACACUGGUGAAGAACCUGCCACCCAGUCUGGGUUAUGGAGCAGCGCUUAACGCAAGCCUGCAGGCGGCUCUGGCAGAGACCUCUUUGCCCUUGCUGGGUAACACAGGUUUGAUGAACAGCAGCGCGUCAGGUCUGAUGGGUGCCAGUCCUCCAGGUUUGCUGAGUGGAAGCCCACCUACCCUUUUACAGAGCAGCACCCAUGACGAGCUCAACGGCUCCCUCGAGCACCUCGACACCAACGGUCACAGCAGCCCCGCCUACUCCCCACAUGCCCACAUGGUGUCCCAAAAGUCUCCAUACAUAGGGGACUAUGUAUGCCAGCAGCAAGUCGGUUGUGCCUUCGUCAGUGGAUGUUCGUGGACGUCCACUUCUCGGUGGCAGAUGCUGUAUCUCCUUUACAUGGCCACUACAAAAUGGAAGAAUUGUGUUUUGCCUCCAGUUCACGUGAAGGAAGAGCCACUCAACAUGGACGAUGAUGACUGUCCAAUGUCACUGGUGACGACAGCCGAUCACAGUCCAGAGCUGGAUGAGGAACGAGAGCUCGAGGAGGGAAACCUAUCAGAGGACUUGGAGUGAAGAUUCUCUCCACCCUCGUUUGCUGGGACUCCGCCCACCGUGAGCAGCCAGCACGUCUAACCACUCCACAACCACAGAAAGGCAGCGGACAGAAGCGAGGAAUAUUUAUUAAGAAAGCGUCCAGGAGACUGUCCCAAAGAAACACUCACAGCCCUUUGAGGACCGCAUAAGAACAGGCAUCAGAUGUCUGCCUUUUAAAUGAUAAUGAAAAUAGGACAAGAUUUCAUUCAGAUUGCUUGGCCACUUCAUACCAUGCACAGCAGACUCAUGGACAAAAACAAAAUGGAAAAAAAAAAAACUUGAGUCUUUUCUGUAGAAACGUCGAUGGCCACAUAUACUGCCAAAAAGUUGAAAUUUGUGAAUAUCCGACCCACAGUAGUCUCUGAUGUUAGAUACAAUUGCUGGUUCAAUUCAAGUUGUUGCUAUGUUAUUAUUUGCACAGGAGUAGUACCAGAAAUUAGUGUCACUGCCUGUAUGUUGCUAAACGCUUUAAACAACAGUAUUUCUUUUCUCUUUUUUUUCCUUUUACAAAGCUUAUUUUCCAUUAUGUUUACAACACCACCGACUGUAAAUGCCAUUUUUAAAGUCACACCAAUAACAGACCUGCGGUAUCAAGACUGUUGCAGCUGUCCAAAAAAGUCUCCAGUGUCUCUCUAUCUCUGUUUGUGCUGAAAAGUGAAAUGUGAUAACUGAGUUGAAAUGUAAAUGUUUGUGUAAGCAUCAUGCUGAGGAAAAAAAUGUGCAUUUCUGCAUAUUA